AUGCCUCGUACAUACGACGAAGAAUUAAAAUUUAUUGAACGCAUUAACAGUUAUUCUUGGCGUAUAAAAAAAGGUUUUGUACCUAAUAUGAAUGUUGAAGGAAUUUUUUAUGUUAAUAGUCACUUAGAAAAAUUAAUGUUUGAAGAGCUUGAAAAUUCAACGAAAUUCGGUGGUAUAGGUGGAUUUCUUCCGGGUAUGAAACAAAUUGGUAAUGUUGCUGCAUUACCUGGCAUUGUUGGCAGAUCUGUCGGUUUACCUGAUGUUCAUUCAGGUUAUGGUUUCGCUAUUGGUAAUAUGGCUGCUUUUGAUUAUAAUGAUCCAAAAGCUAUUGUAUCUCCUGGUGGUGUUGGCUUUGACAUAAAUUGUGGUGUACGUCUUCUACGAACAAAUCUCUCUGAAAAAGAUGUACAACCAAUGAAAGAACAAUUAGCACAAUCAAUGUUUGAUCAUAUACCAGUAGGUGUUGGAUCAAAAGGUGUUAUACCCAUGAAUGCCAAAGACCUUGAAGAAGCACUUGAAAUGGGUAUGGAUUGGUCAUUACGUGAAGGUUAUUCAUGGGCGGAAGACAAAGAACAUUGUGAAGAAUAUGGAAGAAUGUUACAAGCUGAUCCAACAAAAGUUACACAACGGGCAAAAAAACGUGGUUUACCACAGUUAGGAACACUUGGUGCUGGCAAUCAUUAUGCUGAAAUUCAAAUUGUUGAUGAAAUAUAUGAUCGCUUUGCUGCUGGUAAAAUGGGUAUUGAUUUUAAAGGACAAGUUUGUGUUAUGAUACAUUGUGGAAGUCGUGGCCUUGGACAUCAAGUAGCAACUGAUGCUCUUGUUUCAAUGGAAAAAGCAAUGAAACGAGAUCAAAUUCAAACAAAUGAUCGCCAAUUAGCAUGUGCAUUAAUUCAAUCUGAAGAAGGACAAGAUUAUUUAAAAGGCAUGUGUGCAGCUGCUAAUUAUGCAUGGGUUAAUCGUUCAUCAAUGACUUUUCUUGCUCGACAAGCAUUUGCUCGUUGUUUUAAUACAACACCGGAUGAUCUUGAUAUGCAUUUAAUUUAUGAUGUAUCACAUAAUAUAGCUAAAGUUGAAGAACAUAUUAUGAGUGAUGGAAAACAAAAAACUUUAUUAGUACAUCGUAAAGGUGCUACAAGAGCAUUUCCACCUCAUCAUCCAUUAAUUCCAGUUGAUUAUCAAAUUACAGGACAACCUGUACUUAUCGGAGGUACAAUGGGUACGUGUAGUUAUGUUCUCACUGGUACUGAACAAGGUAUGAAAGAAACAUUUGGUUCAACAUGUCAUGGAGCAGGUCGAGCAUUAUCACGUGCUAAAUCUCGACGAAAUCUUAAUUGGUAUGAAGUAUUAGAUGAAUUAAAAGAAAAAGGUAUUGCAAUUCGUAUAGCAUCACCUAAACUUGUUCAGGAAGAGGCACCUGAUUCUUAUAAAAAUGUAACUGAUGUUGUUGAAACAUGUCAUGCAGCAGGUAUUAGCAAAUUAUGUGUGAAAUUAAGACCGGUAGCAGUGAUUAAAGGGUAG